AUGAACGACGAGGUGCCACUGUUCAAGGCACUCAUCGUAUUCCACAAAAUCCUCCAGGAAGGUCAUCCCGUGGUUCUCCGUGAAGCGCAGUCGCAGGUGCAAUGGCUUGAAUCAUAUAUGCGUGGCAGCGGGAGCAUGGGUCAUCGAGGCUACGGCGUGUUGAUCCGCGCCUAUGUGGGCUUCAUCCUCGCCAAGCUGCGAUUCCACCGCCAGCACACCGAGUUUAAUGGUCUGUUCGAGUAUGAAGAAUAUGUCUCGCUCAAGAACAUUGACAACCCGGACGAGGGCUACGAGACGAUCAUGGAACUUAUGAGCCUUCAAGACCGUAUUGACAAGCUCCAAAACCUCGUGUUUUCCACCCUCGAGGGCCGCACGAAUGAGUGUCAAAUUUCGUCGCUAGUUCCCCUGGUAAAGGAAUCUUAUGGCAUUUACAAGUUUCUCACUUCUAUGCUUCGCGCAAUGCACCGCCGCAUUGAUGCGCUGGAUGCGCUCGAGCCUUUGCGGGGCAGGUAUAACCACCAACACCACGAGUUGCGCCGUUUCUACUUUGAGUGCGCAAGCCUCAAAUACCUUACCAGCCUGAUCAAUGUGCCCAAGCUAAAUACGGAGCCGCCUAGUCUCCUUGCAGCGCCGCCAGAAGUGCCUCACUUGCCGCCGCGCGAGCGAGACCCCUCGCCAUCGCCCGAGCCAGCGGACCCCGACCCCUCGCAGGACGAAAUUGAGCAGCAAGCGCGCAUGCUGAAAGAAUACGAGGACAAGCAGCGUGUGCUGAAAGACGCAGAGGCCGACGAGCAAGCGCGUCUUGCGCGCCUAGCGGCGCAACAAAAGCGCGAUUUUGAGGCGCAGCAGCAAGCGCAAGCCGAGCAACAACGCGAGGCGCAGGAGCAACUUCUUCACUCGCAUCAAAUGAAUCACAUUCACGGUCGUGUUGCCGAAAUGGAGCGCGAUUUGCUGCUUAUGCGCGGGCAGUACGAGCAAGAUCAAUUAAUGCUGCAGCAGUACGACGGUCGUGUGCGCACUUUAGAAACGGAGCUUGCCGCUUCUGGCCAAAACAUGCACGCACAGCUGGCGACGAAAGACGAAAUGAUUCAGCAGCUUCAGGAGCAAGUCCAGCAAUGGCGGCAAAAGUACGAGGCGCUUGCAAAACUGUACACGCAACUGCGCAAAGAGCACUUGGACCUUUUGGCAAAGUACAAGCAGGCGCAACUUAAAGCUGGAAGCGCGCAAGAAGCGAUUAAUCGCAUGGAGCGCAUGGAGCGCGAUGUAAAAGCUAAGAAUCUGGAGCUUAGCGACAUGAUACGCGAGCGCGAUCGUGCGCGCCUUGACUUGGAUCGCAUGCACGGCGGCGAGCGCGAAAUUGUGGAACGCUUGAAGCGCGAAUUGAGCUUUGCUGAAGAGCGCGCGCAGGAUGCGGUGCAAGCGCGCGGCGCUGAAGUCAGUGGUAUUUUGAGCCGCCUCAAUGCGCAGAUUGCGGAGCUGGAGGAGGAGCUGCAGCAGCACAAGUCGCAUCUUGAAGCAAAAGAUGCAGAGUUGCUCAUUGUUCAAGAAGGUAUGGACUCGACCAUUCGCCAGCUCAACGAGGUGCACCUUGAGCAAGGGACUAGCGACGAUGCGCUGAAUGCCCAGAUAGACACUGUCAUUUUGGACAACUCGCGCAAACUCAGUGCCAUUAUCGACUCGAUCCUUCAGGCAUGCGCCGACAAAAUUGACGAAGCACUCUACACGCUCGAGUCGCCAACCUCGGCAGGAAAUACGAGUGCCACGCCAGAGUAUGUCUUGUCCAUGAUUGAAAAGGCGCAAACAUCUGGAAACGCGUUUGCCGCUAUUUUUGCGCUUUUUCUUGAGCAGCAACAAGGCGGAGAUCACGUCGAAGUGAUCAAAAAUGCCAACCAGCUGGCACAGGCAGCCUCCGAGACGCUGCUCAGCUUCAAAGGCAUCUUGCGCUUUGCCAAAGAUGAGGACAGCACGGAACGGCUUACCGGCGUCGGUAUCGAGUCGGGCACCACCCUACUGCGCUUUUUUCUUAAUGCGCAGUCUUACCGGCUUGCGGGCAUGAAUGCAAACCAACGCAUGGGUGUGAUCACACAGCAAAACGCGCUUGCAAACCAAGCGCUUGGUCGUUUGUCGGAUGCCGCACAAGGCCUUAUUGCCUCUGGCCAGCACAUCAAAGCCGACGGCGACCUUGGCGACAUGAUUGAGCGUGAAAUGAUGAGUGCGGCCACGACCAUCGAGCAGGCAACACAGCGGCUGCAGAGCUUGUUGGCUCGCGACAAGGCUGGCUCGCGCUUCAGCGCGAUCGAGCUGCAAGUGCACGACAUUAUUCUCGAAGCGUCCUUGGCCAUUAUGCGUGCCAUCAGCGGCCUGAUUUAUGCCGCGACAGAGAGUCAAACAGAAAUUGUCGCCCAAGGCAAAGGGACCAGCACCGCACAACAAUUUUACAAGAAACACAACCGCUGGACCGAGGGCCUUAUUUCCGCAGCGCGCGCCGUGGCAUUUGCCUCGACACUUUUGAUCGAGGCUGCCGACGGCGUGAUUAUGGGCUCGCACAGCCUCGAACAGCUCAUUGUCGCGUCGAACGAGGUGAGUGCGGCCACGGUGCAACUUGUCGCCGCUUCGCGCGUCAAGGCCGAGUUCAUGUCCAAGACCCAGGAGCGUCUUGAGCGCGCAGCCAAAGCUGUUACGGACGCUUGCAAAGCGCUGGUCAAGCAGGUGCGCAUGAUCACCGACCGCCAGUCAGGCACGGAGACAAUGGACUACUCCAAGAUGGCUACGCACGAAUUUAAAGUGCGCGAGAUGGAGCAGCAAGUCGAGGUGCUCAAGCUCGAAAAAGAGCUUACAAAGGCACGUCGUGUUCUGGGAGCCAUGCGCCGUGCGGGCUAUCAUACGACAGAAGAAGAGUAG